AUGGUCGAAGCAGGUAUUCGCCCUGAAGGCAUUCGCAUUGUUGACCGUGCUGGUGGUUUUGGUGACCCAUCACUCGUCAAGUUGAAGGAUAAGCGGGUUGCCAUUAUUGGCACUGGGGCGGCCUCUGUGCAAAUCGUUCCACAGCUUGCACGCUGGUGCAAGCAUGUGUAUGUUAUACAGCGGACGCCUGCGGCAGUCGACGACCGUCACCAGAGAAAAACCGACAAGGGAUCGUUCCAUAAAGAGGCGGCUGGGUUCAAGGGCUGGCAGCGAGAGCGGAUGAGAAACUUUCACGAGCACUUCACGCUCGGGGAACACCCAGCAGUCAAUCUAGUUGAUGACGGAUGGACUCGUGCGCCUGGCUUAGUUGGACUUACCGGCAAUCCUUACGGGCCAAAGCUACCGGAACAAGUUCCGGCUUAUAAUGCAAAUUUGGUUGAGAUCGACACCCCUCGACAGAACCGCGUUCGUGCCCGAGUGGACCAGCAGGUUCGGGAUCCAGCUACGGCAGAGAAGUCGAAGCCUUGGUAUCCAUCCUGGUGCAAGCGUUCUCUGUUCCAUGAUGAUUAUCUGCAGACCUUCAACAAGAUAAUGUAA